AUGUCUCAAAAGCAAAAAGUCAUCGACCUCUACAAGACGCUGUACCACAUGGGCAAGGAGUAUCCAAAAGGAGCUCUCUGGUUCCACACGCGGCUGAAGACCGCCUUCAUCAAGAACAAAGACGAAAAGGACCCGCAAAAGAUUGACGAAUUGAUUCAGAGGGGCGAGUUCGUCGUCAAGGAGAUCGACGCCCUGUACAAGCUGCGGAAGUACCGCGCCAUGAAGCAGCGCUACUACGAGGAGCAGCCA